CCCAGCUGUGUGUGGUGGAAGAGGUGCUCGCAGUCCUCGAAUGCCUCGUUCUCUUCCUUCAACGAGAGGCUAGAGCCGGGGAGAGCGAACCGGAGACGACUGACGCCGGACGGCGGGCAAACAGACGGACAGACGGAGGAGCGGACGGAGGACGCUCGAUCUAUCUAUCCAUGGAGUGAGAGCACGGCAGUGAUGAAACCACUCGCCUCUCAGUGAGUGUGUGAGAGAGUGAGUGAGGAACCCCCCCCUCCCCCCCGUGAUACUAUUACUACACUGUGUGUUCGUCCUCCUCACGGCACACCCCCUUCCGGCCACACCCACCUGCCUCACGGGGACGGAGUGGACUUCGAUGAGCCGGUGUCGGUGACGGCCGUGGUUCUGGAUGGCCGUCAUCGCAAGCCUCACGGGCUCAUAAAUAAGAUCCUCCUGCUCAUCUCCUCCGAAACUCCGAUCGUCUGACACAAUUGAUCGAGUUCGAGCCCAUCUUCAUAUCCUAGUGCGGUGGAGUGCGGGCGUGUCUCUGUGUUUGUAUUGGGGGUGGAGUAGUGAGUGACGCCCUAGGGGCGUGACGGCCCGGCCGCGGUCUCAUCAUGUGGAACAUGAUGUGCGAUGUGAUGCCCACCAUCUCGGAGGACUCGCUCUCGCAGCGAUCCUCCCAGUUUGGCGGGGACGAUGCCAAUUUCGAGCAACUCAUGGUGUCCAUGCUGGAUGAGCGCGAUAAAUUGGUGGACUCCCUGAAAAAUGAGCAAGAAAAGACCUCGGAAUUGGAGGCCAAACUCAAAGAGGUCGAGAAAGAGCGAGGUUCGCUUCAGCGACAACUCAAUCAAAAUUUGCCGCAGGAGUUUGCAACCCUCACCAAAGAGCUGAAUCAAUCCCGAGAGCAAGUCCUUGAAAAGGACGAGGAGAUCACCGAGCUCAAAGCCGAACGAAACAAUACCCGGCUACUCUUGGAGCAUUUAGAGUGCCUUGUGUCUCGACAUGAGCGAUCGCUUCGGAUGACGGUCGUGAAACGACAAGCUGCCUCACAAUCCGGCGUUUCGAGUGAAGUGGAAGUGCUGAAAGCCCUGAAAUCGCUCUUCGAGCAUCACAAGGCCUUGGACGAGAAGGUCCGUGAAAGGCUGAGAAUCGCUUUAGAAAAGAAUAGCACCCUUGAAGAAGAGCUCGAAGGCACUCGCGACGAGCUGAACAAGUUCAAGUCCGGUCAGAUUGUAGUCAAAUCAGGGGACGACGGGGAGGAGCGAGAGAAUGGCGAGAACGGAGCCGACGAUGCCAAUAGCAAUUCAGACAGCAAUUCCACCUCAGGAACUGCCACCACCACCACCACCACCACGACCGUCAAGAAGGUCAAUGGCACCUUGGACCCCGAGGUCCUGGAGCUGCGGCGCCAAAUCGAAAAGCACGCCAAAGAUCUGGGUCAAUCCCAUCGGAGCUUGUCCGAUUUGCGAUCCCAGAAGGCCGAGAUGGAGGAGAAGAUAGGCCAGCUGAACAAAGAGCUGAACAGUGCGCAAGAACUGAUCAAACGACUCGAAAUUGACCUGAAGGAAAAUGUUGCUCAAAAAGAGGAUCAAGAGGAACGCAUCGCCACUCUCGAGAAGCGUUAUCUGAACAGUCAACGAGAGGCCACGAUGCUGCACGACUUGAACGAAAAACUCGAGCAGGAGAUCAAGAAUAAGGAAGAACAAUACGUGCUCUCUCAUGACAAGAUCAAGGCCAUCACCGAGAAGCUAGACAUCUCCGAGCAAAAGCUCAUCGAAUUCGCCUCCAUGCCCGAUAUCGAGGAACAGCUCAAAGAUCGCAUGGAGGCCUUGACCCAGGCCCAAGAGAGACAAGGCACGGCCGAGGAAAGAGUCCAAAGGUUGGAGAGCCAAUUGGAGGAGAAGAGUGCAGACGUGCUCAAGCUCACGCAACGCCUGAAAAUGAACGAGGAGCACAACCAGCGAUUGUCAGCUACUGUCGAUAAACUUCUGUCAGAGUCCAACGAGCGUCUUCAAGUCCAUUUGAAAGAGCGAAUGCAUUCACUCGAGGAGAAGAACCACCUGAGCAAUGAGCUUGAGCGAACCAAGAAGAAAUUGGAGGAUGUUGAACAACAAAGGGUGGACAUCCUUAAGGAGCUUCAGCGUGCUCGAUUGGAAGUGGAAAAUGUCAAGCGACAAAUGCUGCAGCAAGAAAUCCAUCACAACAUCCAGCAGACCGAAGCUCUAACCAGGAACUUGUCCCCCGGUAAUGUGGACAUGGGUGAUGGAGGCAGUAGCGGCGGAACCUUAACUCGUCGGAGCGUCAAGAAUUCCAAUGCCAACACACCCCUGGAUGAAGGGUGGAAGCAAGGGAGGAAUUUCUCGGCCCAUAACAGCAACGUGGGCAACUUUGAGUCGUUCGAAGGCGAUGUGGAGGAUAACGAUAGCAUUUUCACCGAUGUCAUGUCACCGUCUGGGCAUACGGAUGCUCAAACCUUGGCAUGUAUGCUCCAAGAACAAUUAGAUGCCAUCAACAAUGAGAUCAGACUCAUUCAAGAAGAGAAGAUGACAACGGAACAGAGAGCCGAGGAACUAGAGUCUCGUGUGGGCAGUGUAGAGCACAUGAAUCUCCUGCUCCAAUCUCACUCACAGCACGGCUCGUUCGCCAGUUCCUCGUCCCAUUCCCAUCACCACAGUGGCCAGCCUCUGGGCGUUCCUCCCCAGCCCCCACCACGAAGUGGGCGGCCCUCGGCCGCAGUUCAGCCCUUCGAGCCCUCUUCGCCGCCCAUGAGUGGGCGGAGCACUCCCAAAGCGUCUCUAAUGAGCGGAGUUCAUCAUGGUCAUCAUAAUGAGCCAUACAUGCACAAAUAUCAUACGCUUCACUUGUCGACCCCCAGUCAGGAAAUCAACCGAGAAGAGGCUGAGAGCCAACGCCGGAUCAUGGAUGGAAGUCCACCAACGCCGCGAUCUCUCAGACUCGAUCGAGUGGCUCAACUCUCCGUCUCCCAAGAGGAACUUCGAAGAACCUCCAUGGAGGACAGUUCUCACUCCACACCUUCUCCAAUGUCGUCUGCGGCUAGUAGUCAAGAUUCGCUUCACCGUGGCGCCGGAUUCAAUCACCACACCUUGGCCGGUACGGGUCAAUACGGCUACUAUCAAGCGGGCAAUCCCAACGUUCCAAUGUCUGCGGCUGCCGUAGCGGCUGCCAAAAAGAAGGGUGUCAAGUCCACUCUGGGUCGGAUCUUUGGCAAGAAGGACAAGCAAUUGAAGGCCAUGAAAGUAGCUGGUGGAGCCUAUGUCACGGGUCCGAUUGUGAACUCUCCCUCGGGAGGCUUCCAGCCCAUGAGUUCGAACUCGUCGACCAUUUCCUAUCAUCCAGCCUACAGUAGCGGUCCGGGACCAUCGGCCAUGGAGUGUGAUAUCCCAUCCUCGGACAGCAUGGGUGCAGGUCUGGGAGGCUUGGCCGGCAAAGGCGAUUUCGACCGGCGAAGGAAGAAGAAGCAUGAGCUACUUGACGAGGCCAUGAAAGCGGGAACUCCUUUUGCCUUGUGGAACGGUCCCACCAUCGUGGCUUGGCUGGAGCUGUGGGUGGGCAUGCCUGCGUGGUACGUGGCCGCUUGUCGAGCCAACGUCAAGUCUGGUGCCAUCAUGUCUGCGUUGUCGGACACCGAGAUCCAGAGGGAGAUCGGGAUCUCCAACCCUCUUCAUAGGCUGAAGUUACGUUUGGCCAUCCAAGAAAUGGUCUCGCUGACCAGUCCGUCGGCCCCGCCCACCUCCAGGACCACUCUAGCUUAUGGAGACAUGAACCACGAAUGGAUUGGCAACACGUGGCUCCCAACUUUAGGUCUCUCUCAGUAUCGCACGACGUUCAUGGAGUGUUUGGUGGAUGCACGGAUGUUGGACCAUCUCACCAAGAAAGAUCUUCGCACGCAACUCAAAUUAGUGGACAGCUUCCACCGAACCAGCCUCCAAUACGGGAUCAAGUGUCUCAAACUUCUCAACUACGAUCGCGACCAGCUGGAGAAUCGCCGUCGAGCUUCCGAACACGAAAUCAAAGAUGUCCUGGUGUGGUCCAAUGAGCGGCUCAUCAAAUGGGUCAUAAGCAUUGGUCUAAAGGAUUAUGCCAACAAUCUAAUUGAAUCUGGUGUCCAUGGUGCUUUGAUCGCCCUGGACGAGGGCUUUGAUGCCAAUGGCAUCGCACUAGCCCUACAAAUACCGACUCAAAAUACUCAGGCCCGGCAGUUGUUGGAAAAUGAAUUCGAGAAUCUCCUUCGUCAAGGCACGAGUCGUGAGCCCGGUAUUGAACCCCCUCCGUCACGCCCAGCCUUGUUGCCCUAACACCACACAUUUUCCACGAAUCGAGGUUGGCCUUGAUUCCCAACCAAUGAAGGCUGUGAUUGUUAAGCUGAAAAAAUCCUCAAUGAUGUUGACGACGCCGACGACAACAGCAACAACAUCAGCAACAUCGUCAUCAACAACAAGUUUGGAAUACGAGGCGACCCUAUCCCCUAUUGAACUAUUUUAAACCAAUGCGGUUGAAAGGAAGACUGGUUUGAUGGAAAGGUAGCCUGUGCGAAAAGACAACACGAGAUAGAGAACCAUAUUGUUCGUAGAUCCAAUGAAAGCGCAUAAUAAUUUGGUGUUCAAGACAGGCCAAGGUGUGAGGGGAUUACAUUUUUUUUUCUCGACUUUGGUCUGAAAUGGGUUUUGUGGUGACACUUGAGUACAAUGCACUUUGCAUCAAACUGUCUCCUGCGGAGACUCAUUCACAUACAACAAGCCUUUCCAUCACUCGAGUCUACCGAGUUGCAUUGUCAUUCAAAAGCGCUUUUGUUCCGUGAUUAAUUGUUGUAUCUGUUCACCUCCGCGAUGCUUGGUUUUUACUCGUUUUUACUCGUUUUUGGUGCCAUUUUUAGUCCAAAUAUGACCUUUCUCGUAGAAGUGGGUUGCAACACCUUUAGUAGUUGAAGCCAUGUUCCCAUGAGAGCUAGGUUAUUACUAUUAUCAUAUAAUUAUCAUUAUUACAUUACUAUCUAGUAUGGUCCCGAUAUCUCUAUUUUCUCAUGCUUGUUCACGUUUGCCGAGCAAUCCGGAUAAAACUCAAUCUCGACCUAAAGUGACCCUUCAAGUGUCUUACGCAUCUGUUUUCUGUACUACCCGAUAAUACUGUACGUACACCAACGCAAAGAAGAAGACAAGCCUCUCUCUCGCAAUUUGCAAUUUAAAAGCCAGUAAUGAUGUCAGAACGAGAACCAUUUUCCAGCUAAACGAAAUCAACCCUCCCCGCUCCUUCCCCUCCUUGAUCAGCAUUAUAAUUACUGUUACCAUUACAAAUGCUGUUAUUAUUGCGAAUCAAUGCUGCUACGAUUAUCGCUGUCCUCAAGAUCAGUUGGACCGCUAUCAAAUCUCAAGUCUCCCUAAAACUCCCUAGAUGAAUUCAAACUCCAAAGUAAUGAAAAUCAAUUGUGCGCAACUUUCGGAAACCGCAUUGUGAGAAAUCAACUCGACUCGGUCUGGUUGUUUUCUCCGAAUUCAUUGAAAAUUUAUUAGUCAACAUAUCAAGCAAGAAAAAAAAAAGAAAUAAAAAUAUAUAUCGACCGAA